CAAGGAAAGGAGUCAGUCUUAGGCAAGAUGGCCGGUCGGACGAUAGUGGCCUGUUGUUAUCUCGCGUUAAUCUUCCACUUGAUUCUGCUGACGGAGUGCAAUUACGGCGUGAGAUACGGUGACAGGGCGAAGAGGCUGCACAUCGCGGAGGACACCGACUCUCCCUACAGGAGGCCCUUCGUCAUUGACAGGCGAGACGCGGAGGAUGAUGAAACGUCAUUCGGGCGGACGCGCAGAGAUGCGCCGUCCGAGCAGCACCCAAACAAUAACCCAAACAUCACGACGAGGGUCAAUGCAUUAAACGAUUCGCAUCAGCAAUUGAUGGUACAUUGGGUCGGGGAGGGUUCCAAUGUAAUAAUAUGUCUAGCGAGGGAAAGCGCACCAAUGAUGCGCAUCCGAAGUGGCAAGGUCCAGCCGCUUCCUAGCGCUGUUUAUAUCAGUUACGAUUAUGGUGAUACGUUCGAAAAUAAGACUGACCAAUUUAGGAUUUCGCCUGAUCCUAACGCCGACUACGCAGUCGUGGACAAAUUCAUCAAUCAUCCUAAAUACUAUCAACACUGCGUUUUUGUGGACAGUCUACACAAUUUGAUCUUUAUAACGUUUGACAAUGGUAAAAAUAUCCAGAGGAUCCCUGUACCAUUUCAUCCGAGCGAGGUUUCGUUUUACGAGUUGGAUCCGCGAAUACUCAUCGCAUUAGACAAAGUCGACUCGUUGCAGAGGUUAUGGAUCUCUAUCGAUCGCGGAUUAGUCUGGGUGCCGGUGCAGCAUUAUGUGAAGGCCUUCUUGUGGUCCCCUUAUCGCGUCCUCUUCGUGGAACGCUCAGAGCCUACUGGAAUGAGUUCUGUCCUGAAACUCGAUCUGCAAAAUGUUCUCUCCUAUCAAAGUCGACAUCCCUUUCGAGUAAGAUCCUUAAGAACGCAAUUCAAAGUUGUGAUCGAGAACGUCGAGGAUUUCCAAAUCAGGGGCGACUACAUGUUCUUCGUAAACAAUUCAAUGAACAAGACGUCGGACCAUCUGGAUCUCCACGUGUCCUACAAAAAUCAGUCGUUCGUUUUGGUGCAGUUAAACACGGAAUUGGAUUGUAAAGGCUAUCAUAUCGUGGACGUGUCCUACAAUCGAGUUUUCAUCGCGGUGUCGCACAGCGAAACCAUGGUCAAUCUUUAUGUGUCGGAGCUCAUAGACCACGAGAAGGCUAUAUUUACAUUAUCCUUGGAGGGCAUUCUCACAUUUUUCCCCAACAGUACUUGGAAGAACAGCUGGUUGCAUGAUGUGGCUGACGAGACAUUUACGGACUUGUACAAGGUUGAAGGUCUUCGAGGUAUAUACAUAGCGUCGCGAGUCAAAGGUACUCCGAAAUCUGACUCGAUCGGACCGGAAGAUUUGGAAUCGUUGAUUACCUACGAUCACGGUAGUUCCUGGAACUCAAUUCCAGCACCGAUGGUGAAUCACGAAGGCUUCUACGUUAAUUGUCCGAAAAAUUGUUCGUUACACUUGAGCCAGAGAUUCAGUCAGCUGUAUCCGGUAACAAGAUCUGUCACCAUCAUGAGCUCGAAAUCGGCGCCCGGAAUAAUAAUGGCUACCGGUAUAAUUGGAAACAGUUUGAAAGGUCACCCUGCGCUCUACGUCUCAAGAGACGCAGGUCUCACGUGGAAACAGGUGUUGAAGGACUACUAUUUCUUCAACAUGGGCGAUCACGGAGGUCUAUUAGUCGCAGUAAAAUAUUUCAAGAUGCGCGGAGAGACAAGAGAUAUUUCGUAUUCAUUAGACGAGGGUGAGAGCUGGCUAACUUACGAGUUCAACAAGAAGAUGUUACGAGUGUACGGCCUCAUGACGGAGCCUGGAGAAAACACCACGGUGUUCACCAUGUUUGGAUCAGAUUUUGGGCAGCAUCAGUGGCUGAUAAUCAAGGUCGAUUUGCGGAAAGUAUUCUCGAGAGACUGCAGAGAGGACGAUUACAAGUUUUGGUCCCCCACGAGCGUCGAUCCCCAUCAGCCAGUUAUGGCCUGCGUGUUGGGACGCAAGGAAACUUAUCAGAGACGCGCAUUACAUACCAAUUGCUACCAGGGCGUGAAUUAUGAUCGACCGGUGCGAUUACAGACCUGUCAGUGCGACGCAAUCGAUUAUGAGUGCGACUACGGUUUCAAGCGCGUCGGAAAUCCAUAUCACUGCAUCCGCAAUACAAGCACCGAUUACGAUCCUUACGCCGUGCCGAGCACGUGCGUGCCCGGCGCAUUUUAUAAUCGCACGAAAGGCUACGCGAAGAUAUCGGAUGACGAAUGUUCCGGUGGCUUCGCGAGAAACUUCGAACCCGACGAGAUACCGUGCCCGAUGGACCAGAAACCGGAAUUCCUACUGGUCGCCCAGCGGGAGCAUAUAACGCGAAUCGACCUGGGGGAGAACAAAAUACAGAUGUUGCCCGUGCACGAUCUGAAGAACGUGAUCGCAAUCGAGUUCGAUAUGAGGAAUAACUGCCUGUACUGGGCGGAUAUUGUGAACGAUACGAUUGGCAGACAGUGCCUGAAUGGCACCAAUCCUCCCGAGGUUCUCGUCGAGAACGAUUUAAGUUCCAUCGAGGGAAUGGCCUACGAUUGGGUGUCCAAAGUGCUCUAUUUCGUGGACGGUGUCAAAAUGAGGAUACAAAUAGUUCGAACGGAUAUAUCCAACAUAGGGAGAAUGCGUAGAACCAUAUUAGGUCCGAACGUGUUACAGAAGCCGAGAGGUAUCGCGGUUCAUCCCAUGAACGGAUAUAUAUUCUGGACCGACUGGUCGCCGGGAAACGCCUCGGUAUCUCGCGCCAAUCUGGACGGCACGAACGUCAAGCGAUUGUUCAUCAAACCCACUGUCGAAUGGCCGAACGGAAUAACGAUCGACCACAUCGCCGAGCGUAUCUACUGGGUGGACGCGCGUGCGGAUUACAUUGCCUCCUCGGACUUAGACGGUAAGAGAUUCAGGAAGAUCAUCGCCAACGACGCGCGCGUGUCCCAUCCGUUCGCAGUCGCUGUGUUGAAGGACAACAUGUACUGGGACGAUUGGAAACAAUCCAUGAUAUUCGUCGCCAACAAGGACCACGGUGUCGGGAUCACCACAGUGAUCGGCUUCCAGAUUAUAGGUCUGAUGGACUUGAAGAUCUUCGCGCAUAGCGUGCAAACCGGCUCGAACCAGUGCGCGACCAAUAACACGUGCUCACACAUCUGUCUAGGUGCCCCGGGCAACAGCUACGUGUGCCUCUGCCCGGACGGCAUGGUGAUGACGAAUGGCAACUGUCUCUGUCCAGGUGAGGUCCAACCCUUCGCCAAUUCGACCUGCCCGCGCAUCGCCAAUACCUGCUCGUCGAACCAGUUUGCCUGCAACAACGGCGUGUGCAUCCCCGAGUUCUGGAAAUGUGACAACGAUAAUGAUUGCGGCGACAACUCGGACGAGGUCAACUGCAACCGUGCCACGUGCAGCCCCAACAACUUCGAGUGCGACGGCAGCAAGUGUAUACCCAAGUACUGGGUAUGCGACAUGGAUCGCGACUGUAAGGACGGGAAGGACGAGAUGAACUGCACCUACGCCAAUUGCACGGACCAGAACCGCUUCAAGUGCGACAGCGGUCGCUGCAUCUCGCACCGAUGGCGCUGCGACGGCGAGGACGACUGUCGGGAUGGCUCGGACGAACGAAAUUGCACCAGGCACUUCUUGCCGAGCACCUGCCGUUCCGACGAGAUCUUUUGUAAGGAUCACACUUGCAUACCGGCUUCCUGGAAGUGCGACGGCGAGCCGGACUGCGAGGACAACGCGGACGAGGCGGGAUGCAACAACAUGGUGUGCGAGCCGUGGCAGUUCACGUGCAACAACACCAACGAUACCGGGCAUCGGUGCAUAUACAAGUCCUGGGCUUGCGACGGCGACAAGGAUUGCGUAGACGGUUCCGACGAGGUGAACUGCACCAGCACCACCUUGCCGCCGUCAUUCAUGCCGCCGAUUUUACCCACGAAUUCCUGCAACGACUGGAUGUUCCUCUGCCAGAACAAGAAAUGCGUCCCGUACUGGUGGAAAUGCGACAGCGUGGACGACUGCGGCGACAAUUCUGAUGAGAUUGGCUGCAGCAGCGAGGACGGAAGUAUCAUAGAACCUACAUUACUGCCGAUUCACACGACCGAGCAGUCUCGCGUCUGUCGCGAGCACCAGUUCCAGUGCUACAACGGCGAUUGCAUCGAAAACGCAUGGGUAUGCGACGGCUCCAGCGACUGUUCAUCCGGCGAGGACGAGCAUCACUGCGACCAGACGCACGCGUCCUGCCGCGAGAACGAUCAGUUUAUGUGCCGGCUGGACGGCUCGUGCGUACCUCUAUCUCACAUCUGCAACGGCAUCGAGGAGUGCCCGGACGGCAGCGACGAGCUCGGCUGUCAUAUCGAUCACGACACGAGUCCACCGGCCACUCCAUCCUGCUUCGUCGGCCUAUUCCCGUGUGACGAGACCCGCUGUUUCCCGCUCGCGUCCUACUGCGACGGCAACCAGGACUGUUUCGACGGCUUCGACGAGAACAACUGCGAGAAGAACGGCACUCGCAUGUACCAGGUUCUGGUGAUGGGUGUGGACGAGCGUUCCAUCAACGACAGCAGCCUCUUCCUCUUCUGGUGGAUGCCGAUACCGUCAAACGUCACGUUCGAGUUUCUACCUUCGAUCGCACGGACGACCCCAGGCGCUAAGUGGACCAACGUCAGCAACUGGAUCGAAGACACCGAGUAUCAAUUCAACAAUCUUGAUCCGUACACCAAGUACAAUUUGACGGUCUACGUCAAAGUGAAGGGUCAGAACACUGUGUUCCCACCAGCCAAGUAUCUAGUCGUCACCACUGGUGAAGGAGUGCCAUCCGAGCCCUGGAACGUGACGGUCACCCAGAAGAACGGCACCCGCGUGGAGGUCUCCUGGAAAGCACCCCAACAUCCAAACGGUCUCAUCAUCGGCUAUCAAGGUUACAUCACCCCGCCUAUACCGCCGAUGGAGUUCUCGCGACAGAAGACUUCCGCGAUCAUCGACAUGGCCUUCGAGGCGGGGAAGAAUUAUUCCUUCUGGAUCGUAGCGAAAAAUCGACAGUACGAAUCCAUCUCGUCCAAGGUCGCCCUGUUGACCUUCGACGGCUCGGCCAACAUCGACGAUAUCGAGGAUCUCCGCGUGGUGGCGACGACGAAUCACUCCGUCACGCUGACGUGGAAGAAGAUGAAGGACGUGGAUGGGUACCACGUUACGCCCAGAGCGCCACCGGCUUAUCCGACCCUGCAAACCGUUUCGACCAUGAACAAUUUGUUCGAGGUGACCAAAUUGGCACCGGGAGUCAAGUAUACCUUCGAGGUCGGCGCGAUGAAGAAGAAAUACGUCGGCAAGGUCGCCAUGGUGACGGCCACGACGAACGGCACCACGUUGCCGAUAAUAACCAAGUUCGACGCGCAACUAGUCAAGUCUCAAAGAACGACUGUGAAACUUACUUGGGACCCGCCGAAGAGCACCAAGAAGAUUAAGUUGCAAUAUGCCAUCCAUUAUGCUACCAAUAUAGUCGAUUUCUUUAGAGCAUUCAAGGUGAAGACUAGUAAUCUCACGGCUACGAUCAAAGACUUGGAAGCGUGCGAAUCGUACUUCUUCGCCGUCGGUGUUAUCGGGGAUUACGGAGCGGGGCCUUUAUGUCAACCGAUUACGGUUCCAACAUACUUCAAUAAACGUGCAUCCCCGAAGAGAUUGCGAGUUACACCAUCGCCGGACAAGAAUGACAGUAUAAUCGUCUCGUGGAGCGCUAGUUGUCCCACGAUCGAUGAGCCGAUUAGCUAUACGAUAUCUGUUACAGAAACUAUUCUCAACAAGCAGACGGUUGCGACGUUGCCGCCGACCAACGAAACCAUCAUGAAACAUAUCUUCCAUCCGAUCAAGUACGGCGGACAAUACAAUAUUACGGUGGCCACUGAUGUCGAGAACGCCAUAUCCACUCAACCCUUUGUUUACAUGGCACCGCCGAUUAAACCACCCCAUCAGCUUACCGUCUUGCACGACAACAAAGAUUAUCAGAUAUAUUGGCAAGAGCCGGAUAUGCCGAAGGACGUUAAUUGGCAUAUCGAGAUUUUCAUAACCGAAGGCUCGACUAAGAUAAACGAGUCUACGGCUAAAAUCAUCUCGACUAAGGGUCCGCCGUAUCAUUACAAGGAAGCUAAAACGGGGACGAUUUACACCUUCGCCGCACGUCUGGUCACGGAAGACGGAUAUCAGAGUCCACUUAGUGAAACGUGGAGCACACAAUUUUCAGCUUCGCAACUCCCGGUGAUAAUGAACACGUCGAACAUAUUGUCUCUUGCUAUACCGAUCUGCUUGGUCGUCCUAGCGCUGGGUGGAGCACUAGCCUAUUUUAUCGUUCGACAUAGAAGACUGUCUAACAGUUUUACGCAAUUCGCUAACAGUCACUACGACACGAGACGGGGACAGGCUACUUUCCCGGGCACGACAGACGGCUUAGAAGAAGAAGACAGCCCUGUGAUUCGAGGCUUUUCAGAUGAUGAACCUUUGGUAAUCGCAUGAACACCGCAUGUAUAAACGGAAUAUUUACAUCUUAGGAAGGAAAAGAUGUGCCAAGACAUUAUUCAUAUGAUAAUUUUUAAUAUAUAUAUAUAUAUAUAUAUAUA